AUGUCAACAGGAAACAGAACGUCUACCUCCGACUUUGUUCUCUUGGGGCUUCUGGUGAGCACGGAGGCCACGGGGAUUGUUUUCACGGUCAUCUUUGCCAUUUUUGUGGUGGCUGUCACUGCAAAUGUGGUCAUGAUAGUCUUGAUUCAGGUGGACUCCCGCCUCCACACCCCCAUGUACUUCCUGCUCAGCCAGCUGUCCAUCAUGGACACCCUUUUCAUCUGUACCACUGUCCCAAAGCUCCUAGUGGACAUGGUUUCUACAGAGAGGACCAUUUCCUUUGUGGCCUGUGGCAUCCAGAUCUUCCUGUACUUGACCAUGAUUGGUUCAGAGUUCUUCCUGCUGGGCCUCAUGGCCUAUGACCGUUAUGUGGCUGUCUGCAACCCUCUUAGGUACCCAGUUCUCAUGAACCGCAAGAUGUGUCUUCUGCUGGCUGCUGGUGCCUGGUUUGGGGGCUCACUUGAUGGCUUUCUGCUCACGCCCAUCACCAUGAAUGUCCCUUACUGUGGCUCCCACCAGAUCAACCAUUUUUUCUGUAAGAUCCCUGCAGUUCUCAAACUGGCCUGUGCUGACACGUCCUUGUAUGAGACCCUGAUGUACCUCUGCUGCGUCCUCAUGCUGCUCAUCCCCAUCUCUAUCAUCUCCACUUCCUAUGCGCUCAUCUUGCUCACCGUCCACCGCAUGCGCUCUGUUGAGGGCCGCAAAAAGGCCUUCACCACGUGUUCAUCCCACCUGACUGUGGUCAGCAUUUUCUAUGGGGCUGCCUUCUACCGUACGUACGUGCUGCCCCCGUCAUUCCACACACCUGAACAGGACAAGGUAGUGUCUGCCUUCUAUACCAUUGUCACACCCAUGCUUAACCCUCUCAUCUACAGUCUCAGAAACAAAGAUGUUAUGGGGGCAUUGGAGAGGGUGUUUGCCCGCUGUUCCCCUGCUCAGAAAGUAGCCACAGUUGAGGCGUAG